GCCAAAGAGUGAAUUGUUGAACUGUAGCAUCACGCGUCUACCUUCUUUACGCAACCCAAGUGAGGAAUUUUCGUAAAUAACCAUGGUACUUUUUAGAUCAAAGGAUUGCCUGCUCUUGCCGCUUCUUCUAGUCAUUGGCAUUCGUUUCUCAGAUUCGUCUUGCGGUGGAGCUCUUAAUGGCCGUCAUGGAAUUAUUCAGUCGCCAAACUUUCCUGACACGUAUCCAAAUAACUUGCACUGUGUGUGGAACAUAACUGUGGCUACAGGCUAUCGGGUGAAAAUUCGGUUCACAGCUUUUGAUGUAGAAUAUUUCAAAUAUUGUGAAUACGAUUGGAUUUCCAUGCGUUCCGGAAAUAGUACUCAUGGAAAAUUUUGUGGCUCUAAAAAGGGAGUUCAUCGCAUUCCCCACGAUCAAUUAAUAUCACCAACAAACGAGGUCACUCUCAUCUUUCACUCGGAUUACUCCAAUGAGGAAGUCUACAAAGGUUUCAGAGCACAUUACUCCGCUGUUGAUGCAGAUGAGUGCAAAAGGGAUAACGGUGGAUGUGAUCAUUACUGCCACAAUUACAUAGGCGGUCAUUAUUGCUCAUGUCGACCAGGCUACAGACUUCAACCGGAUAAGAAGUCUUGUUAUGUUGUUUGCAAUAACCAGCAAUUUAAAGCGAGGCGAGGUGAAAUAGCUACUCCAGAAUACCCCAAGAACUACCCCAAAAACUCUAGAUGUGACUGGACCAUUGAAGUGGAAGAAGGAUACCAGAUAACUUUAAGUUUUACUCAGUUUGAAGUGGAGGAUCAUCCAGACGUGAUUUGUCCUUACGACUACUUGAGAGUGUCAGCAGGCAUCAACAGAAAGUAUGGUCCUUUCUGUGGGAAGUCUCUUCCGCAGAACAUUACUUCAUCUGAUAACUACAUGUAUCUGGAGUUUGUGUCCGAUGGUACUGAAAACUACAAAGGAUUCAAAGCGAUUUAUGAUACACAUGGGUUACAAUGCCCAAUCUUACGCGCUCCACAGCAUGGAAACAUGACGGGGGAUAGUUUUACGUUUAAGGACGUCGUACAGUUUGGUUGCGAUGAAGGUUAUCUUCUAACAGGCUCUGCUGUCAGGGAGUGUCUCAGCAGCGGAACCUGGGACGGAGAUGUCCCUGAAUGCAAACCGGUAAACUGUGGUAAUCCUGGAAUCCCACGUCAUGGUAAAAUGGGACAGACUGGAUUCACUUACAAGAAAACCGUAACAUUUUCUUGUGACAAGUAUUUUGAGCUUCGAGGUCAGAGCACUAGACAGUGCCAAGCAGAUGGAACCUGGUCUGGCGAACAACCCAAGUGUGUUGCAAGUUGUGGAGAAAUAGAAAACUUUAAUUUCAGUCGUGAUGUUUGUAGAAAGAGGAUCGUUGGCGGCCAGGACUCAUCCAAAGGGGCCUACCCAUGGCAUGUGUUACUUAUGAAGGAUGGUCGGUUGGCCUGUGGUGGAAGUCUUUUGAACGAACGAUGGGUUCUAACUGCUGCUCACUGCGUGACGAGCAAGCAAUCAGACAUUAUCCCCCUUUCUCAACUGGAUAUUUUUGCUGGUCUACUUGAUAUCCGCAAAUUCAACGACAGCCACGUUCAGAGGAGAAGAGUCAUAAAGAUCAUUAAUCACCGGGACUUUAAUUUCACUCUGUUUGAGUCUGACCUAGCGCUUUUGAAACUGGAUCGUGAAAUAAAAAUAUCAGAUUACGCCAGACCUGUCUGUCUGCCAGAAAAACCUGAGCAGAAGAGUUUGUUUAUGCGCGGAAAAUUCGGCCGAGUGGUAGGCUGGGGUUAUAGAGUGAGCCAGGACUCCAUUGGGCAGUUUGCAAACAUACUCAAAGAGAUCUGCAUUCCGACCAUUGGCAACGAUAAAUGCCAAGCCGCCUUCAAGGAUGAAGGAUACAUUGUGACUCCAAAAAUGCUCUGCGCUGGUCAGGUUCAAGGUGGAAAAGAUUCCUGUCAUGGAGACUCUGGUGGUGGAUUUGUGUCCAUGGACCCAGUGAGCGGGAAGUGGGUACUGGGCGGGGUAGUGAGCUGGGGUAGUAGCCUGGGAUGCGGAUUACGAAAUAAGUAUGGAGUAUAUGUACGCGUCACAGAGUUUAUCCCUUGGAUCAAUCGUUACAUGUCCUGAGACCCCCUAAACUUAAUCAAGAUGUAACCAACUUAUUUGGAUAAUUUAAUCAGUGUAUAAGCAAGAUUUUCUCUAUAUCAGUUUGAGUUGGAGUUAUUGAAUCUGUUUUUUCUCAUUUGAAAAAAUACGAAUGAUGCACCUUUGCCUGUGAGUGUCGAAAGUAAACUGCUUAUCAAGGUUAGCAGUUUGUUAGAUCUCUCAGCAUUAUCUGUGGGUUUACUAUUUUAGGUUGUAUAAUCUUACGGCAACAAUUUUUGUCUUUCGGCUGACUUGGUGUUUACAGAGUGAAAGAGUAAUAUAUAAAAUGUCCAACUGAAAUUUAUGGCUUGCUUGAUUAACUACUUUUACAAUCUUUCAGGACUGUUUAUCUUGUAUUUAGAUGUAGAAAUCAUUUUAUGUAGUCUUUUUAUUUAUAAACAUAUAUUUCUUUUAAUCUUUUGGAUUUAAAUAUCUGUUUUAAAUAAUG